UGAAGAGCAAGGAAAGGAAGGAUAAUGCAAAAGAUAUUGCAGAGGAUUCAAAGAGCUGGAAAAUAGUUUCUAGAUUAAAACACCAAGUUGUCAGUAGUUUAAAGCAACAUUUCAGGUUUUAGCUUCUAUACAAGGCUAUUACAUAAAAUAACUCUGAAGUAAGAAAAAAUUGACCAAAAGGAAUUUACCUUUACUACAUACAGAAAAUAUACUCAGGUUCAGCUGUUUCAACACUCCUUGGAAUUUAAAAAUGUUUCAAGCCUUUGUUCGGCAAGCGUAUCACCCGCUACCCAGCCACCAGCCAGGGGAACCUGAAAUGAAGUAUAAGGGGAAGCUGGUGCAUGAAACUCAGCUUAACUGCUUCUACAUCAAACCUGGAGGUUCCAACUAUGGGAGUCCCCGUCCAGCUCAUGCCAACAUGAAUGCCAAUGCAGCUGCAGGGCUUGCCCCAGAGCAUAUCCCUACUCCAGGAGCAGCUCUGUCCUGGCAAGCUGCGAUUGAUGCUGCCAGGCAAGCCAAACUGAUGGGUAGUGCUGGCAAUGCAACAAUAUCCACAGCUAGCUCCACGCAGAGAAAACGGCAGCAGUAUGGGAAACAGAAAAAACAGGGUACCACCACAGCUACGCGUCCUCCCCGGGCACUGCUGUGUUUAACACUGAAAAACCCCAUCCGGAGGGCAUGCAUCAGCAUCGUCGAAUGGAAAUCAUUUGAAAUAAUUAUUUUACUGACUAUUUUUGCCAAUUGUGUGGCCUUAGCUAUCUAUAUCCCCUUUCCAGAAGAUGAUUCCAAUGCCACCAAUUCCAAUCUGGAACGAGUGGAAUAUCUCUUUCUCAUAAUUUUUACAGUGGAAGCAUUUUUAAAAGUAAUAGCAUAUGGACUUCUCUUUCACCCCAACGCUUACCUCCGCAAUGGCUGGAAUUUACUAGAUUUUAUAAUUGUGGUAGUAGGGCUUUUUAGUGCAAUUUUAGAACAAGCAACCAAAGCAGAUGGGGGGAAUUCAAUAGGAGGAAAAGGUGCCGGAUUUGAUGUUAAAGCACUGCGGGCUUUCAGAGUAUUACGUCCGUUACGGCUGGUGUCUGGAGUUCCUAGUCUCCAGGUGGUUUUAAAUUCAAUCAUCAAGGCCAUGGUCCCUUUGUUGCAUAUUGCCCUGCUGGUGCUGUUUGUCAUUAUUAUCUAUGCCAUCAUUGGCCUGGAGUUAUUUAUGGGGAAGAUGCAUAAGACCUGCUACCAUGUGCAAGGGGGACUUACAGAUACACCUGCAGAAGAUGAUCCGUCGCCCUGUGCCCCCCAGUCUGCACAUGGGCGGCAGUGUCAGAACGGCACGGAGUGCAAGCCAGGCUGGGAGGGUCCUAAGCACGGCAUUACGAACUUUGACAAUUUUGCUUUUGCCAUGCUGACAGUGUUUCAGUGCAUCACGAUGGAGGGCUGGACAGAUGUGCUGUACUGGGUCAAUGAUGCCAUAGGAAGGGACUGGCCCUGGAUCUAUUUUGUUACACUAAUCAUCAUAGGGUCAUUUUUUGUACUUAACUUGGUUCUCGGUGUACUUAGCGGGGAGUUUUCCAAAGAAAGAGAGAAGGCUAAGGCUCGGGGUGAUUUCCAGAAGUUACGGGAAAAACAACAGCUAGAGGAGGAUUUGAAGGGAUACUUAGACUGGAUAACUCAAGCAGAAGAUAUUGACCCAGAAAAUGAAGAUGAAGGCAUGGAUGAGGAGAAGCCUCGGAACAUGAGCAUGCCCACCAGUGAGACUGAGUCCGUGAACACAGACAACGUCCCUGGAGCAGAUAUUGAAGGCGAAAACUGCGGUGCUAGGCUAGCGCAUCGGAUCUCAAAAUCAAAGUUUAGUCGCUACUGGCGCCGAUGGAAUCGAUUCUGCAGAAGGAAGUGCCGUGCUGCUGUCAAGUCCAAUGUUUUCUACUGGUUGGUGAUAUUCCUUGUGUUUCUCAACACCCUUACCAUUGCCUCUGAACACUACAACCAGCCAGACUGGCUCACGGAGGUCCAAGACACUGCCAAUAAGGUACUGCUAGCUCUUUUCACGGCAGAGAUGCUACUGAAGAUGUACAGCCUUGGUCUCCAGGCCUAUUUUGUGUCCCUCUUCAACCGCUUUGACUGUUUCAUUGUAUGUGGAGGAAUCCUGGAAACAAUUCUGGUUGAAACAAAGAUCAUGUCGCCACUGGGCAUUUCGGUGUUGAGAUGUGUUCGACUCCUAAGAAUAUUUAAAAUCACAAGAUACUGGAACUCCCUGAGCAACCUCGUGGCUUCACUCCUGAAUUCAGUCCGCUCCAUUGCUUCCCUGUUGCUGCUUCUCUUCCUCUUCAUUAUCAUAUUCUCACUCCUGGGGAUGCAGCUUUUUGGCGGAAAGUUUAACUUUGAUGAGAUGCAGACAAGAAGAAGUACAUUUGACAACUUCCCCCAGUCCCUCCUUACUGUGUUUCAGAUCCUGACUGGGGAGGACUGGAAUUCGGUGAUGUAUGAUGGGAUCAUGGCUUAUGGCGGCCCCUCUUUUCCAGGAAUGUUGGUCUGUAUUUACUUCAUCAUCCUCUUCAUCUGUGGAAACUAUAUCCUUCUGAAUGUAUUUUUGGCCAUUGCUGUGGACAACCUUGCUGAUGCUGAGAGUUUAACAUCUGCACAGAAAGAGGAGGAAGAGGAAAAAGAAAGGAAAAAGCUAGCUAGGACUGCUAGUCCUGAAAAGAAACAGGAGAUAGAAAAAACAGCUGUGGAGGAGGAGACAAAAGAGGAGAAAAUUGAGCUGAAAUCGAUCACUGCUGAUGGAGAAUCUCCGCCCGCUACCAAGAUCAACGUGGAUGAUUAUCAGCCCAAUGAAAAUGAAGAAAAGAGCCCAUAUCCCACAACAGAAGCACCAGCAGAGGAAGAUGAGGAGGAACCUGAGAUGCCUGUCGGCCCUCGGCCUCGCCCAAUGUCUGAGCUGCACCUCAAGGAAAAGGCUGUCCCUAUGCCUGAUGCCAGUGCUUUUUUCAUCUUCAGUCCAAACAACAGGUUUCGUGUCCACUGCCAUCGAAUCGUUAACGAUAACAUUUUCACCAACCUGAUCCUAUUUUUCAUCUUGCUCAGCAGCAUCUCCCUGGCAGCUGAGGACCCCGUCCGACACCUCUCCUUUAGGAACCAAAUUCUCUUUUAUUUUGAUAUAGUUUUUACUGUCAUUUUCACCAUUGAAAUUGCUCUGAAGAUCCUAGGCAAUGCAGACUAUGUCUUCACUAGUAUCUUUACAUUAGAAAUUAUUCUUAAGAUGACCGCAUACGGGGCUUUCCUCCAUAAGGGCUCCUUCUGCAGAAACUAUUUCAACAUCUUAGACCUGCUGGUGGUCAGCGUUUCUCUCAUCUCUUUUGGGAUCCAGUCCAGCGCCAUCAAUGUGGUGAAGAUCCUGCGUGUUCUGCGAGUGCUUAGACCACUGAGGGCCAUCAACAGAGCCAAAGGACUAAAGCAUGUGGUCCAGUGUGUGUUUGUCGCCAUCCGAACCAUCGGAAACAUUGUGAUUGUCACCACUUUGCUGCAGUUCAUGUUUGCCUGCAUUGGAGUUCAGUUGUUUAAGGGCAAGCUGUACAGCUGCACUGAUAGCUCCAAGCAGACAGCAGCAGAAUGCAGAGGGUACUACAUUACAUACAAGGAUGGUGAGGUCAACCAGCCGAUGAUACAGCCCCGGAGCUGGGAGAACAGCAAGUUUGACUUUGACAACGUCUUGACUGCCAUGAUGGCCCUCUUCACUGUCUCAACCUUUGAGGGAUGGCCAGAGUUGCUGUAUAGGUCCAUUGAUUCCCACAUGGAGGAUGUGGGACCCAUCUAUAAUCACAGGGUUGAGAUCUCCAUCUUCUUUAUUAUCUACAUCAUCAUCAUUGCUUUCUUCAUGAUGAACAUCUUCGUUGGUUUCGUCAUCGUCACAUUUCAGGAACAAGGCGAACAAGAGUACAAGAACUGUGAGCUGGACAAGAACCAGCGCCAGUGUGUAGAAUAUGCCCUGAAGGCCCGGCCCCUGCGAAGAUAUAUCCCUAAAAACCAGUACCAGUACAAAGUUUGGUAUGUGGUCAACUCCACCUAUUUUGAAUACCUGAUGUUCGUUCUGAUCCUGCUGAACACCAUCUGCUUGGCCAUGCAACACUACGGUCAGAGCUGCAUGUUCAAGGAAGCCAUGAAUAUCCUCAACAUGCUCUUCACUGGUCUCUUCACUGUUGAGAUGGUCCUGAAAUUAAUCGCCUUCAAACCCAAGGGUUACUUUAGUGAUCCUUGGAAUGUUUUUGACUUCCUCAUCGUAAUUGGCAGCAUUAUAGACGUCAUUCUCAGUGAAACUAAUCACUAUUUCUGUGAUGCAUGGAAUACAUUUGACGCCUUGAUUGUUGUGGGUAGCAUUGUUGAUAUAGCAAUCACCGAGGUGAACCCAGCUGAACAUACCCAAUGCUCUUCCUCUAUGAACACAGAGGAAAACUCUCGCAUCUCAAUCACCUUCUUCCGACUCUUCCGUGUGAUGCGUCUCGUGAAGCUCCUGAGCCGAGGGGAGGGCAUCCGGACGCUGCUUUGGACCUUCAUCAAGUCCUUCCAGGCUCUCCCCUAUGUGGCUCUUUUAAUAGUGAUGUUGUUCUUCAUCUAUGCCGUGAUCGGGAUGCAGGUGUUUGGUAAAAUUGCGCUGAAUGAUACCACAGAAAUCAACCGCAACAACAACUUCCAGACCUUCCCCCAGGCAGUGCUGCUGCUUUUCAGGUGUGCCACCGGUGAGGCCUGGCAGGAAAUCAUGCUGGCAUGUCUCCCAGACAAGAAGUGUGACCCAGAGUCAGAGCCGGCCAACUCCACCGAAGCAGAUCACUCCUGUGGCAGCAGCUUCGCUGUCUUCUAUUUCAUCAGCUUCUACAUGCUCUGUGCCUUCCUGAUCAUCAAUCUUUUUGUAGCUGUUAUAAUGGAUAACUUUGAUUACCUGACACGGGACUGGUCCAUUUUAGGACCACACCACCUGGAUGAGUUUAAAAGGAUCUGGGCAGAGUAUGACCCUGAAGCCAAGGGACGGAUCAAACACUUGGACGUGGUGACACUGCUCCGGCGGAUUCAGCCCCCGCUGGGCUUCGGGAAGCUCUGCCCUCACCGGGUGGCUUGCAAACGCCUUGUCUCCAUGAAUAUGCCACUGAACAGUGAUGGGACUGUCAUGUUCAAUGCCACCCUUUUUGCAUUGGUCAGAACUGCACUGAGGAUCAAGACAGAAGGUAACCUGGAGCAAGCCAACGAAGAGCUGAGAGCAAUAAUUAAGAAAAUCUGGAAGCGCACCAGUAUGAAGCUGCUGGACCAGGUGGUGCCCCCCGCAGGUGAUGAUGAGGUGACCGUCGGGAAGUUCUAUGCCACUUUCCUGAUCCAGGAAUAUUUCCGGAAGUUCAAGAAACGUAAAGAACAGGGACUGGUUGGCAAGCCCUCCCAGCGCAAUGCACUCUCCUUGCAGGCUGGUUUGCGCACGCUUCAUGACAUUGGGCCAGAGAUCCGACGAGCAAUUUCUGGAGACCUGACAGCUGAAGAAGAGCUAGAUAAGGCCAUGAAAGAAGCUGUUUCUGCUGCCUCCGAAGAUGAUAUCUUCCGGAGAGCUGGAGGCUUGUUCGGAAACCAUGUCAGCUAUUACCAAAGUGAUGGCAGGAGUGCAUUCCCCCAGACAUUCACCACCCAGCGCCCUCUGCACAUCAAUAAGUCUGGCAACAACCAGGGAGAUACUGAGUCUCCAUCUCAUGAGAAGCUGGUGGACUCCACAUUCACUCCCAGCAGCUACUCAUCUUCAGGCUCCAAUGCCAACAUCAACAAUGCCAACAACACCGCCCUGUGCCGCUUCCCCAGCCCACCCAGCUACCCCAGUACUGUCAGCACAGUGGAAGGCCAUGGGACCCCCUUGUCACCCACCAUACGUGUGCAGGAAGUUCCUUGGAAACUACCUUCCAAAAGGACGCAUUACUACGAAACACUGGGACGCUCCAGUUCCAGAGACAGCCAGCUGGCAAUUGUUUGCCAAGAGGAAGUGUCUCAGGAUGAGACUUAUGAUGAAAAUUUGAAUGAAGACAUUGAGUACUGUAGUGAACCAAGUCUGCUCUCUACUGAAAUGCUUGCAUACCAAGAUGAUGAAAACAGACAACUUACUCCACCAGAAACCAACAAAGGAGAGGACACCCGGCACUCUCCGAAGAAAGGGUUUCUGUGCUCCUCAGCACUAGGUCGAAGGGCGUCUUUUCACUUAGAGUGCCUGAAAAGACAGAAGAACCAGGGCGUAGACGUCUCACAGAAGACAGUUCUGCCUUUUCAUCUGGUACAUCAUCAGGCAUUAGCAGUGGCUGGCCUGAGUCCCCUGCUCCAGCGAAGCCAUUCCCCCACCAUGUUCUCUCGGCUGUGUGCUACGCCCCCCGCUACACCCUGCAGCCGUGGCUGGCCGCAACAGACCAUCCCGACUCUGCGCCUCGAUGGGGUAGAGUCCAGUGAGAAGCUCAACAGCAGCUUCCCGUCAGUACACUGCAGCUCUCGGUAUGCUGACAACACCAGCUGCAGCAGCCCGAGGAGAGCCAGGCCGGUCUCCCUCACUGUCCCGAGCCAGACCGGAGGGAGCAGCAGGCAGUUUCACGGCAGCGCUGGCAGCCUAGUCGAAGCGGUCUUGAUUUCGGAAGGACUGAUGCAGUUUGCUCAAGAUCCAAAGUUCAUUGAGGUCACAACCCAGGAGCUCGCAGACGCCUGUGACAUGACGAUAGAAGAGAUGGAAAAUGCAGCAGACAACAUUCUCAAUGGUAACAGCAAGCAGAGCCCCAAUGGCAACCUCUUGCCUUUUGUUAACUGCAGGGACCCAGGGCAGGACAGUGCAGGAGAGGAAGAGGAAGAGGUGCAGAACCCGGAUUGUAGAAAAAGUCAGGAGGAGCUCGAGGACAGCAGGAUUUAUAUCAGCAGCCUGUAGUUGCCAGGGCUGGAAGCGAUGCUGGUUUUUUAUUUGUUUCAAUGUUCCUAAUGGGUUUGUUUCAGAAGUGCCUCACUGUUCUCGUGACCUGGAGUAACCGGAACAGCGUUCUUCAUUCAUUUCUGUUGGGACGAGUCGCAGAGUUGGGUGGUGUAAGAAAGCUUUUCAGGAGCGGAUAUAACCCCAGCACGUGUCCAUGAAGGAAGAGUGAGGAGGAGGAGGAGGAAGAGGAGGAGAGCCAGCUCCCUCUUUUUUUCAGUCCCUGCACAAGGAACAACGACUGCCUCCCGAGCGCGAAGGAGAACCUCAGCUUCCUGUGGAUGGCCCUAGCCAAAAGGACCCUGCGCCAAACGGGUGUCUUUCAACUUUGCUUGUAAAAAUCAUUUUGCACAUAUUCUGUAUGAGCCUCACCGUCUCCAUAAAGCCAAGGCCCUUUGAUUCGGAAGGAGAGGAGGACCACUUCUGCUGUGGAUUCCCGUACCGCGAAGGGGAGGAGGAAGCAGAAGAGGCCCGAGGCCGCCCAAGGGGCAGGUGGCAACGCCGCCCAACCCUGCCGAGACUCCCAGGCAGCGGUCUCUGCCAACCAAUCCGAGCUCAGGCAGUCUCCUGCCGACCAGUCAGAGCUCAGACAGCCAGCCGUGCCAGCCAGUGGGAGAGCGGGGAGCACGCUCUGCAGCGGGGCUGAGCCGACCUGCCCCGCACUUGCUGAGGUGGUGGUGGUGGGCUUGUGUAGAUCUCUCCUUUUUUUGCAGUUUGAUAUUUUCUUGAAAGCAUGUUGCGGUUUUUAUUUUGACUUUUCUUUUUUUUUUUUUUUUUUUGGAGGGAGAAGGGAGUGUUUACAAUGUUUUGUAAUCACCUACCUUUUUGUUUUGGUUUAUUUUCACCUUUGCAAAUGUUAAAUUGGUUUGAUCAUGUUGUAUUAUUUAAGCUGGGUUUUUUCUCCAUUGAAAUUUGGUAGAAGUAUAACGAUAGACGAGUUUUACCAACCAUUAUGUACACCAAGAAUUUGUAAUUUUAUUUGCUAGUAAUUGAAACCUCCUUUUUUUGUUGUUGUUUUAUAAUUUAAAGAUAGUAGGCAAUGCACUUGAUAUAGUCUUGCACAUUUGAGUGAUUGAUUUGGGUUCUUUUUAGUGCUAAGUAUAUCUGUGAGUGUGGGAGCAAUACAGAGCGAGUGUGAGUGCGCGUGCAUGUGUGUGUAAGUGCAUGCAGUUCUCCACAUCCUGGUUUGAGCUGCAGGAGAUCUGUAUCUGGGGCCAUUUGAAUGCAAAAACAAACCACUGUCUCUGCUUUUGAAAGGGGAAUCAGUAACUCUUUGCAUUUUCUGUUCCACAAGAUAUGCAAAAACAAUGCAAUAAUAUUAAUUUUAAAAUACAGUUGUAAGUUGUGUUGGCAUUAAAACUGUAUAGAAAAAAAUUGUGGGGGUGGGGGUGGGGAACAAAAAAACAGAAGGCGUUACGCUUCGAUAUAUUCCGUGUGAUGUUUUACUGCAUUGAUAAUGUUUCUGCUGAAGAAACCGUUAUACUUGAAUUCAGGUCAGUUUCAGUAUUUUUCAAAUAUUUUUUUAAAAUGAAUUGCAAUUGUGCCAAGCAAAGAUAAUGAAUUGAAUUAAGUUUGUUUAAAAAAAAAAAGAAAAAAAAUAAUCACUUCUUGUAUAUUUUGCUGCAUGUCAAGUGAAUCAUUUCGUAUUUGGAAUGUGCCAAGCUUUACCUUUGAACUUUUAAGUGCUUUUCUACGUGUGGUUGGGGAAAGGGGUACUAUUUUUUUCCUUUUUUAAUUUGUACAAUGAACAAAGUGUACCUGGUGUAAGUAACUAUUCUGCAAUCCACUGACAGGUUGAACGUUACUGAUUUUGCAUAUCUUGUGUUCAUUUUCCUUCUUCCUCACUCCCUUUAAACAUGCACGAUGA